CGCGUGAUUUAUCGAUUAAACGCGAGUAUCUCGUAGGAUCGGAUCGCGGAAGACCUCGCGUUCCUCGCCGAUUUCCGUCUCUUUGCAGCAAGAUGCGUCUUCUCGUCGCGGUGUUAGCCUGCGUGCUGGUCGCUUGUCAGGCACGCGUGCCCAACGUAAACGAGGCCAACCUGUCCGGUGGUGUGUUGGACACCAGAGGAGGUCAACUGGUCGGAUUCCUCGAGAAAUUUAAGGACAAGCUCAGGCGAGGAGACGACCACCUCGGCAUCAUUCCCGUUCUCGACCCCCUGAAACAGGAUCACUUGGACGUAAACUUGGACCAGGAGGCAGUACGAUUGCGUGGAUACCUGGACAACUUGGUCGCGACCGGAUUGUCCGAGUACAAAGUGAAUCGUGGCGAUUUCACGAUAAUCGGUAUCAAAGCCAACGUCAGCCUGCUUUGGGAGAAAAUUGACAUUGCCGCCAAGUACAGCGUGAAUGGAACACUCGCCGAUUACAUCUCCGUGUACGGGAAUGGGAACCUAGCCAUCUCGAUCCAAGGCCUGAUGGUGUCGGUGGACCUGAAACUGUCGGUGAAGGACAAGAAAUUAUUCGUCUCGCAGCUGGUACUGCACGCGCGCGUGCAAAAGAUGGACUGCGAGAUCACGGGAUUGUACAACGACGAGGAGUUGUCGGCGGUUCUGAGCAAAGCCAUCGGCGAGAUACUACCCGGACUGAUCGACGACUACCAGAACGAGCUAUCGGUAGCCGCGAGCCCGCUGGUCGCCGAUCUAUUGAACGACGUGUUGAAGAACAUGACGAUAAAGGACUUGCUGGACAUGAUCAGCGGUGGAAAUUAGUCUCCGAUAUACA